AUGGGGUUAUUUUUCUCUAAAUCCUCAAGCAACACCAAUGAGAACGCAGGACAAGAACAUGAGACCAUGUUCCAGCAGUUCACGAACUCCAUCCGUCGUUCAUUUCGCUCCAAACGGCCUGAUGCGGAUAAUGCUAAUCGACCCGGUCUGCAUAAUCAACCCUCAGCCGAAGAAAUGACAAGAACGACAACUCGAGUGCGUCCACCCAUACCAGAAAGCUUCCAUCAACCGACCGCUGCAUCUGUUUCAUCCGUGACAGCUUCCAAAGAGAUUUCGGAACAGCCUGCUAAAUGUCCUACUCCUGCUGAAGCCAAAGUUUCGACACCAAAGACACUAGAAGUGGCACCUGCUAGCGCAAGGAUGGUGGAAGCACCGCAGCAUACUGCUUUCAUUCCCGAAACACCAAAGAAUUUGAAAGGGGAUAGGGAGAGGGAGGGAGAGGUAGAUGCAGCAUUGGAUGUGUUAAAAGGGGCCAUUCAUGAGAGAGAAGAGCAAGAGGAGAAGAAAGAUGACAAAAAGGAUGAAGAAAAAGACAAACUAAAUCAUGUGGGAGGUAUCCUUUCCCAGUUAGCACCAGCCGAUAUAUCUGAUGAGAACUCGCCUGAGACAGAAGCACCUGCGAAGCCAGCAGUGAGUCUAAUGGCAGCACUGGAGAGGCGAAAGGCGAUAAAAGAACAAAAGGAAAAGGAGGAAGAGGAAGAUGAUGAAGAGGAGAAAGAAAUGCCCCUUUCACAUGGAGUGACCAAUGUGUUAGAAAGCAUAGCUGUUCACUCAUCAUCCAUUAGAUCACAUGAGGCUGCUAACUUGAUGGCAACUUUCACAAUUCCACCUCAUUCAGCAUCGGAAGAAAAAGAAGAGGAGGAAAAGGAGGAACAGGAAGAGGAAGAAGACAAGAAAGAAAGUGAGGAGAUGGUAAAGGAGGAGUUAGAAGAUAAAGAAGACAAGAAAGAAGGUGAGGAGAGGGUCAAAGAGGAGUUGGAAAAGAAAGAAGACAAGAAAGGUGUCGAGGAAAAGGAGUAA